CUCGUGCAUGAGCCUCAUUUGGCUCCAGAUAUAAACACAGAGCUGCUCUCUGUCUGCGCUGCGCUCCUCGGUCUCCUCUCAAGCAGAAGGCAGUUUGCUCCAACAGGUCGAAAAACAGCCACAACAAUAACAACAACAAAAAGAAGCAGAAGGGGACGAUCUCUGGCAUUUCCCCAGGAUGGAGGAUUCUCCAUCCAAGCCAUCUGUGGCUGAGCUGACUGGAAGGUUCAAAGGUCACAUUCUACCAAUGCCCACCUCAAAUGACGAGUUGCCAUUUCGAAGAAGACAUCCAUGUUCCCUAAAGUUGCAGAACCAAAAAGAUGAUAAUGAAUCGGAUAAAACCAUCGUCUCACCAAAUCCCUUUAAAAUCAAGAUGAAGAACUCUCCCAUCAUUGAGAAACUCCAGGCCAAUCUCACCCUGUCGCCCACUGCUCUGCUGCCUUCACCCAACAAGAGUCCUGAGGUGACGCUUCAGCCAGCACCGCUGUCCCCGACCACACCCUGCAGCCCGCAGAGCCCCCUGAGCCCUACCCUGCGACCCUCGCAUCUGUCCGGUGAAGAGGAGGUGGCUGUCAGCUUCGACGGCCCUCCUGAAGGCGCCCCGCUGCUGAGCAUCAACAAGACUCGUGCACGGCUAUCAUUCAAAAGGCGCCCGCCCACAAGACAGCACAGGAGGUCUGCUGGAGAGGAGGAGGGAGCUUUCAGGAGUACUCUGUCCCUGUGUGAACUGUACAGCACAAAAGAUAAUGGGGACACGGAUCAGGUUUUGGAAUACGGACAGCCAGCAAGUCUGAAAGAAGCUGAGGAGAAGGACAGAGACUGUGAAAACGAGGAUGGGGUAGCUGAAUGUGACCACAGGGAGGUUCCGGGGGUGGAGCAGGAAGCAGAACAAGCCCAGAACUUGGAGGCUUUGGAGGAGCAACAGCAGCUUUUAGCGCACUGCCCUGCCAAGCCAAUAGAGGGCAAUGUUAAGACAAAGGGGACGGAGGAGAUGCCCCUAGAAGAGCACCAAAGAGGAAAUAACAUGGCGUGAACUGUGAAUGUUUACUUUAAGUGUGUGUGUGUGUGUGUGUGUGUGUGUGUGUGUG